AUGGUAUAAUUUUGCACAAGAGACAAGGCCACAAAUCAAAAUUGCAGAAACGCACAAAUGUGAUAGAAAUUUCUAAUAAAAAGUCUUUGUGAUAUUUUAGAACUAUAUUUAUCUGUCGUAAGAAAAUUAUUUCCUCUGUGCAAUUUUACCUCGUUUGCUGUGCGAUAAAAACUAUUAAUUUAUCUUUUAAAGCUCGUUCACAUCUGACAUUUAUUACAUAACGGUUCUCUCUUUGACGGUAGUUAUACAAACACACACACCCCCACACAUAUAUAUAUAAAUUCCGAUAGGAAUACGUCUUAAACAUUAGGAAAAGAAAAUGCUAUUAACAAAAGUGUCAGAUGCGAAAGAAGAUAUCAGCCGUUAAAUAUCGAAUAACAAGCCCAGCCUCCGUCAACAAUCCGCAUUACUUAUUGUUAAUACGUCGCGUGGCAUGCGAAAACAUAUGAAAAUCUCUGGGGUGGAUUAGGAACACGCGCGCGUGGAUCUGUAGAGCUUUCACGCUCUGCGCCACCCGAUAUAUCGCUGGCGCAAUCUUUCCCUCCCCACGAGGCGCAUCCAAAACGGGGGUAGUCUCUCCGUGGGUAGGCGCUCGUGGCGCCGCUCCCCGAUGUUCAUGGCAAAGGUAAGGGUGGCAGGCAAGCCCCGAUUCCAGGCCUCGGUUAGUCGUGCGAAGUGCGAGGGUCGCGCAAGCUCGCAAGCUCGUCGCCGCCGCCGCCGCGCUCGUACACUCGUGCUCGUUGCCGCCGCCUCAGCGAGAGAGCAGCUGUCAGCGGAAGGCUCGACCGAUUUCUAACGUUUGACUCGUCGGUCCCACUAGUCCCGUCGAUAUUACCGAUCCUUGGCGAGGAUCCCGAGAGGAAGGACGUAGUGACGAUAGACGACGACGAUGCGACCAGGAAACGAGCGGAGCACGCACUCGGAUUCUCGGUACGCGAGAUAGUGGAGGACACCCGACGGGGAUAGUAGUGGCGAUAGUGACCAGUGAUUUCGGCACAAUUAGCAGCUUAAUUGAUCAGGUGCGGUAUCCUGCUGACUCGCUGACUGCGCCGCGCGCGCGUCCGCCCACGGAUUACCCCCGUCCCACCCCCGCAAAAGCGCGAUCCCGCUUUCUCUCCUCUCUGUUCUCCUCCCCCUCUCCCUUUUCCCGCUGCAUGCUCGUACACUUGUGCCGCAGUGUCGGGGGCUGAUUGAUGACACGGGCGGCUGAUUAAGAAAACCCGGCACGGAGAGUGUACCGAAGGAUGACGACGCGACUUCGACGUCGAUACUCCAGCUGCGCUUUCGGCUGAUUAUUCAUGUUUUACACUAUCACAGGAUUUUCUGGGUUUUGCAAAUUAUGGGUUGGGCUCUUACGGGACUUGGAGUAGCUUUGGUCAUCGUCAUCGCUGCUGGCGCCACACUUGUUUUUUGUAAAAGAUAUUGUAUCGGAUGGCAAUUUGGCACGAGAAAUGUUUGGAGCGUUUGCGAGGAAUGGAGACAAAGGCUUUCAUGGCUUUGGGCACCGCGGGAAGAAAAGGUGGGAUUGGUGAAGGCUCAGCAUCCAACCGCCCAGACAAUACCAGGUCUAUAUCGCCAGACUGGGAAUGCCUCUCAACAUCUCUUGCAUAGCGAUAGCGAUCUCCGGUUAGAUGCACAAGGCGCCUUUACCAGAUUUGAGGCUGUCGACAGGGAUCUACAUCCGCCUCUCAGCGGCAGCACGAUACCACCUCAACCGUUGAGGCCCGCUCCCCAGCCGCGGCCGACCGCUCGUCCGAGACCAUCGCCGCUUCAGACACCGAGUACUGUCGACUACAUCAGGAUGCACGAAGCUGGUCCGGGUCCCUUGACGCCACCGCCGUCGUUGCAAAGAGGAUCGAUACGAUCGAGAGUCCCCGGUCCGUCCGUGUUCCUCUUUCAGAGCGAACCGCCGAAGAAUCAUCACGACCCCUUCCAGUCGAUCGAGCGUUCCACCUUCGUGUACGACAAUGGUCCCGCGAAGACGAUAGCGGAGAGCAUCCAAAUGACACCUUACUCCAAUCAGAACCACGUAGAUUCUAGAUUAAUCAGGCAAUUUGAGCCUCCUUCCAAAGAGCCAGCGUGGCAUAGAUACGGCAUAACCGCACCUCCAAAUAACCGCCACGACAAGUUAAACGACGAGGAUGCCAGCAGAAGCUACGGCAACUACGAGAUCGUCCAGAGGAAUCACGUCGCGCGGCCAAUCACGUACGCGAGAAACGAGCCGAGGGGGUUUCCGGACAGCUUCAACACGACGCACUCGUCGAACGCGACGAAUCAGAUGAUCAUGGAGUCGAUAUACGGACCGCAGACCAUCUCCAAGAUGCUUCAGAACAGCGAGGAGCUGAACGCCGACCUUAACCGAAAGAACAGCAACAUGCAGAACAUCGAGAUGACUCCGUUCAAGAGUACUUCCGGCCACCAAGAAGAUGUCGACCCCUACGCGUUUCACAGCGACCUGUCGUCCAAGUCGCACGAUCUCCAGCGGGUCUCGCAAUACAUUCAGAGCUUGCCCGACCUGCCCGUCUACGAGUCCGUGAACGAGCUUCAAGCACGCUCGAACCGCGAGUCGAUACUCUUCGCAAACGCGAUUCAAGAGUCGAUCGUAGACGAAACGAAGAUCGCGAGCGAGUCCGCUAUGAGCCCGGUGCCGCCGCCGCCGCCCGCACCACCGGAUCCCCCGUCCCAGGAGAUCACGAAGAAGACAAGUCCGACAACAGGCGAGAGGAUCUUCAGCGCGCUCAGAUCGGUCACCUCGCAGAGCUACAUAGAUGCCUCGGAGUUUUAUAAUUCUGUACUCUCCUCUGCGCAGCAGGUGCAGCGACUUGCGUUUCCAUCGACACCACCACCGUUUGUUAAUGAUAGUACUGAGGAUCACUUACAGGAUCCCGAAUACUUGCAGGAUAUGCGAGAUAUUUAUGCGGAAACCGAUGCAGAUCUGACCGGCUCGAGACGGAGCUCGGAUCUUUAUAGUCCCGAAUUAAACCUUGAGGCUCACAGAACAGCUCAAGAGGUGUACAAUAGCCUACAAGAUCCACCAUCGUCUCCUUUAUUGGUUAAAGAUCACAAUUACGAGCCUUACACUUAUUUAUCAGAUCCCAGUUUUACUCGAACGUCAGAGGAUAUUUUUAAUAGCCUCGAACAAAGACGUAAAAGUAUAGAAAGACUGAAUGGUAUUCACGAAUAUGUAGAACUUGAUGCUGCCGAUCCCACGAGGAGAAGGAAUAGCCAGGAACUAUACGCCGCCUUAGAGGAGGUGCAAUUGAAGAGACGACUCUCGCAGAGUCUGGAGGAGUCGUAUCUGGGUUACGCGUUGAACGAUCUGAAUAACAGAUCGGGAAGUCGUCGUGGCUCGCUGGGUCCCGAGGCGGAACCACCGCCCGACGAAUCCACCUUAAAAAGAGCGAUCAGUUGCGAGAGCGUGUGCUCCGACACCAGCGUCAACCUGAACGACCUGGAGGAAACGCCGAUCGUAGGUCACAUUUGCAUCGGGCUCGAAUACGAGAGAUGGAGUGGUCGCGGAGGCGACUGCGAAUUCGAUCUGGCCGUAAGCGUCUUGGAAGCCAGGGAUCUCGUUACUGCCGACGGCUCUCCCGCGCAAGAUACUUUCGUUAGAGUGUGUCUACUACCCGACAGAGAGACCCACGUGCAAACAAGAAUUUAUAGGAGAUGUCCGUCGCCGAGUUAUCAAGAGAAAUUUUUAUUUUUUCCUGAAGGCGGUCCAGCAGGCAGAACCCUUCUUGUUGAGGUGUUUUCUGACGAAUCUAACAUCGGUGGCACUGCAAUCUUAAUCGGCGAAGCCAGUUUGAAGCUCGGGCCUACAGUGAGACCACCAGCUACGACUUGGCUGCCACUCAGUGGACCUGCCUUACCCACCCCGUAUCUAGGAGAGCUGAUGUUUUCUCUCAGUUAUCUGCCAACGGCGGAGAGACUCACCCUCGUGGUGGUUAAAGCGCGCAACUUGCACGGUGCGAAUUCGUCACCGGGUGAUUUCUUCGUCAAGGUGUACCUACUGCAACAAGGGAAAAAGAUGCACAAGAAAAAGACAUCCGUGAAAAAAGGCGAGAAAAGCCCGAUCUUUAACGAGGCGAUAAUAUUCAGUGUACCAGCGCAUGCUUUACAGAGUAUACAGCUGAGAUUGACAGUGGCGGAAUUGAACGGAGAUCAAAAUACAAAGGCGUACUCCGUAGGGCACAUCAUUGUAGGAUCUACCUCGACGGGAAAAGCGCUGGCUCAUUGGAGACAAAUGUUAACGGCCUUGCGACGUCCGGUCGCUAUGUGGCAUCCUCUCAGGAAAUAGGAACAGAAACCGCCGUUCCAUUCAAAAAUAAGCGGGACGGCGAUUUGUAAAACCAAUUUCAAAAUAAUCAGUUUUGAUUCUAGAUCCUCUCGUAUAUAAAAUUACUGUGUCACACCUCCCCGCCCCUUCUUGGACGUCAGGUAUUUAACGUCAAGAAGGAUACGCAUAUAUAUAUAUAAUCUGUGUAAAAUAAGAUAAAAAGGUCUCAGAUGCGUAUUGCAAGCGUCUGACCCUAUCUAUCCACUGUUAACGGUCGUUCAGACCAUCGCGUGGCAAUACACGCGGUAUUGUUGAUGAUGGAAUUUAUGAGCGAGAUUGUAUGCACACUACUGAAUUGCACUGAGCCCAAGUACUAAUUAUCGCAGUUAUUCAGUCAGUUGAUAUUGAAUGAAUUCAUCGUCAAGCACGAAUGAGCUCCAAAGUGAUCCGCACCAUCGUUUACGUAAAUCGUGACACGGACAAUUAGAACGGCUCGAGCAAAUUUUAUGCGUUUAGAUUGUUACGUCGUAAAAGCGUGCAAAUUGCAAUUAAUUGCGGCAAUUAAAUCCUUCCUUCUGAAUAGAUAGGUAGACCUACUUAAAGGGAUUCAACGCGGCCGACUGAAAGCGCGAAGCAAAAUUUAUGUGUUCUGUUUACAUAUCUCUUUCUAAACAAUUAACUCUUUUAAAGCAAUUAAUUCGUUUUGGAUCCCUUUUACUAUGUAUUUUAAUUGUAAGUUUCUCUCUCUCUUAGGCACUAUAGAUGGACUAAUCUACAGAAGUAAACUAAACUAUAUAGACUAGACUAUAAACGCUUAACGCUUAAUGCAAUUUCAAAUCAUAUAAUCAUUAGAGAAACGUAAAGCUUUUUAUUUUUCAUUCAUGUAAUUCGCUUAUUAUAAAAAUAUUCAUUGUCCCUUUUUUAGGAAUAAAUUUAUACAUUUUAAGUUUUUUUUUUUGAUAUCGCUUUUUUUAUGGUAAUAUACCAUGCCAAGCAUAUAUGAUCAAAUAAUUACCAUUUAUAAAAUACACAAAGUUGAUGCACAAUUGUCGCCACAAAUGAAGACAGCAGAAGGUAUUUUUUCAUGAAUAUAUUAAUGAAUCAACCAAUUAAAAUCUAUUUCACGUUCAACGAUGAGACGAUUCACGCUACGAAAAAAAUCAAAGCCCGAUUGCAGUAUUCGAUGAUGUUGGAAUUAUUUUGAGACUGACAUGACUUGUAGUAGAUUUUUCAUUGCAUCCAUAAAAAAGAUACACGAUCCUACGUAAUCGCCAUAAUUUCCUGUCGUAAUCACCUGAUAAAUACCACGUGUUGAUUCUUUGGACGAUGCAUUGCCUUUAAAAAAACUAAGGGUCACAAGUUUUGACUAUCAUUAGAGUCUAAUGUAGAUUAAUCUUAAGAAUAUUGUAAAUUAGCACGUAAGAAAGAGAAAUGCUAGACCUUUCCAUAUAAUUACUCCUUAAAAAAAAAAAUCGCUGUUGUAUGUUAGUGACCCAUACAUAGCGACGUGCGUGCCUGUCCCUUUGCAAUUUAUACUCCGAGAAUAUUUUUAAAGUUAUUCAGCACAGAUAAAAGAAAUUAGAUAGAAAAAAAAAUCUGUGUAAACAUUAAACAAAUUUUUUAAACUGGUGGGAAUUAUUCUGUAAUAUGUUGAGUUUCUAAUCUUUGAAAUUAAAUUUAAUUUUCAAAACUUUCUUUAAAAAGCUAUACCUUUGUAUAUUUUCUUAUUCUUCUAAUAGAAUUGAACAGUUUAAUUAAACUGUUUGUAAAUUAAAAUCUUUCUUGUAGUAUGCUUUUUUCUAUUUUAGACACUUAAUUAUAAUAAAUUCUCAAUAAUACAAAGCGCUAUUAAAAAAAUUGUGAUACAGAUAAAUUUUUAAAUCAUGUCUGAUCUUAAAGCUAAAGAAGUUCAUAAAAGAUGAAGAAUUUUACAGAAUAAAUCCCUUUAAGUUUCUUUUAAUAUGUUAUCAUUUUUCUCUUUUUUAGAAAAUUUGUUUUACAAAGUGCAAUCGGGGACGUCAGCGUGUAAAAUCUUCGAAUUCACGAUUCCGACAUCGUCAAUCGAAUUCGCGAUGUUCGAUUGUUACUAAAACAAAAAUUUAAUCGCAUCGUUAAACCGAUCGUUAAACAACUCGCACGAAUUAGACAGCCUUUUGGACCUCAACGCCUAUUUAUUCUAUAUCUAUAACUUUUGUACCUCUUCAUAUACAUAAAACUCGCGAGUUUAGUCUCUGUACGCGUGCACGUGCGUGUACGUCUAAUAUAUCUACAUUUAAAGAAAGGCAUUACAAACAAAAUUUUACUACCUACAUAUACUGUACACUCUUCAUCCAUAGAAACCAACUAUUCUAUUUCACACUUAUUAACUUACGCAGGUUUUUCUAUUGCCAAUUACUAAUGGGACUAAUUAUCGUUCACUUCUCAUUAAUUCUAUAAAUCUAAUUGUAAGACACAUUUUGCAAACAAUACUUAUCUCUCCUCAUUGACAUAUAUUGAUACAUAAUAUACGUGGCAGUUCGAGAGCGAAAACAAUUUAAAUGAAUAGUAUUGAUUUGAGAAAUGCGUAUUUUGCGAAAAGAAUUGUAAUAAUAAUGGAAAAUUAUGCUAUUGAAAAUAAGGUACAGUGAUAAUUUUCAGUUUUUCAAGGCUCUUAUGAUUUUUUUCAUAAGCUUUUUGUAUUGUGUUUCUUGAUUACUCCCCGAGAAAAAAACCAUUAUAUCAAGAAUUAAAUUAUAGCUCAAAUUAUAUCAAAGCAGAUUUAAUUUUAUCGGUUUAUAAAUCUAUAUGAUAUUUGAUAUGAACCUUCUGAUAUUUGAUCUAUUUUGUUAUAAAGAUUUUUUUGGGGUUUGUCACUUGAAUUUUAAUUUAUUAUUUUGCUUAUUUCUUGCUCAUUUUUGCUAAGACUGCUAAAAUUUGCAACAUUUAAAUUUUUAUUUAUAAAUAUAUAUAUACAUAUUUAUAAUAAUUUGCAAUUGUGUGUGUGUGUGUAUGUGUGUGUGUGUGUGUGUGUGUGUGUGUAAGAGCAAUUUUAUUAUGCAUUUUUUUUCAAGUAGCUUGAUCGAAGUUAUGUUUUGUUUAAGAUAACUUCGAAUUGCGUCAAACGUGCGUGCAAAUUAUAAUUACAAUUUAUAACUUAUAAUUUAAGCUUACCUAAUGAUAAAACACUGUAUAUAAAUCGUACGCAUCGCGUACGCGUAAUCUGUAUGCAUACAUAUAUACAUAUAAGCCAAGAUAAGCAAAUUAGCAUUUAACACUGUUGUAUAUCAGCACAAAAUUGAACUUUUAUUCUUCAUACCUACACGCGAUUCUAUGCGCAUUAUACGCAUAACGCGUACUGUUAAGUGUCUAUGUUUGAUAUACAUAAACAUUGCAUACAGGGCAUCGCAGAAAACGACUGCAUUUUGAAAAAAAAAAAAUAAUAAAGCUCUGUUCUCCAAGUUAACUUUAAUGUUAAGUUUAGCGAAAGUGCGGUUGCGGACUUUCUACUGAUAUCUAGUAUUAAAGAUGUUACACAUAAAAAUACAAGUGCUGAGUUAUCGUCUGAUGCGCAUCAUUCUCUGGGAUUCCCAUGUAUACAUGUAUACGGUGAAUUUAAACCUGACACAAUGUAUUUGCGCAGGACGAAUUCAGGGGAAAAAGAAAUGAGAACUGUUUAAUAGUUUACAUAUAUCGUUUUUCAGAAUUUAAUUUUGUCAGAAGCUAGCUGUAGUGAUAAAAAGAAAAAGGAAGAAAUAACUAAAAGAAUGAAAGAGACAGACAAGAUAAUGGAAAAGUAGUUACAGCAUAUGAAAAGAAUAUGAUAAAGCGAAAAAAGAAACUCAAAAAA